GCCGCCGUCGCCGCCGCUCCUCCUCUCCCAGUCUUGGGUUUCCCAGGCGUUGCUGCCGCCGCUACCUCUGCGGUCUGUAUGAGGAGGAGGAGGAUGUGAAGAUGGCGGAGCUGCAGAUGCUGCUGGAGGAGGAAAUCCCGGGGGGCCGCCGGGCCCUCUUCGACAGUUACACGAACCUGGAACGGGUGGCAGAUUACUGCGAGAACAACUACAUCCAGUCAGCAGAUAAGCAGCGAGCUCUAGAAGAAACCAAAGCCUACACCACCCAGUCCUUAGCAAGUGUUGCCUAUCUGAUAAAUACCUUGGCCAACAAUGUCCUACAGAUGCUGGAUAUUCAGGCAUCCCAGCUGCGAAGGAUGGAAUCUUCAAUCAAUCAUAUUUCGCAAACUGUUGAUAUUCAUAAAGAGAAAGUUGCAAGAAGAGAGAUCGGUAUUUUGACUACCAAUAAAAACACUUCAAGGACACAUAAAAUUAUUGCUCCGGCCAAUCUUGAACGACCAGUUCGUUAUAUUAGAAAACCUAUUGACUAUACAAUUCUAGAUGAUAUUGGACAUGGAGUAAAGUGGUUGCUUAGAUUUAAGGUGAGUACCCAGAAUAUGAAGAUGGGUGGGCUGCCGCGUACGACACCUCCAACUCAGAAACCCCCCAGUCCCCCUAUGUCAGGGAAGGGGACACUUGGGCGGCACUCCCCCUAUCGCACACUGGAGCCAGUGCGUCCUCCAGUGGUACCAAAUGAUUACGUACCUAGCCCAACCCGUAAUAUGGCUCCCUCGCAGCAGAGCCCUGUGAGGACAGCUUCUGUGAAUCAAAGAAAUCGAACUUACAGCAGCAGUGGGAGUAGUGGAGGAAGCCACCCGAGCAGUCGGAGCAGCAGUCGGGAGAACAGCGGAAGCGGGAGCGUGGGGGUUCCCAUCGCUGUUCCCACUCCCUCUCCUCCCAGUGUCUUUCCAGCCCCUGCUGGCUCUGCUGGUCCUCCUCCCCUUCCUGCUACUUCUGCAUCCGCCCCUGCCCCUCUUGUUCCUGCUACUGUCCCUUCCUCCACCGCCCCAGAGGCUGCUGCUGGGGGGUCUCAGACCCUUGCUGAUGGCUUCACUUCUCCAACUCCCCCUGUUGUUUCUUCCACUCCCCCGACAGGUCAUCCGGUUCAGUUCUAUAGCAUGAACAGACCCGCCUCUCGCCAUACUCCCCCAACAAUAGGGGGCUCAUUGCCCUAUAGACGCCCUCCUUCCAUAACUUCACAGACAAGCCUUCAGAAUCAGAUGAAUGGAGGACCUUUUUAUAGCCAGAAUCCAGUUUCAGAUACACCACCUCCUCCACCACCUGUGGAAGAACCGGUCUUUGAUGAAUCCCCUCCCCCACCUCCUCCCCCAGAAGAUUAUGAAGAGGAGGAAGCAGCUGUGGUUGAGUAUAGUGAUCCUUAUGCUGAAGAGGACCCACCAUGGGCUCCAAGAUCUUACUUGGAAAAGGUUGUGGCAAUUUAUGAUUAUACAAAAGACAAGGAAGACGAGCUGUCCUUUCAGGAAGGAGCCAUCAUUUACGUCAUCAAGAAGAACGAUGAUGGUUGGUAUGAGGGCGUUAUGAACGGAGUGACUGGGCUCUUCCCGGGCAAUUACGUGGAGUCGAUCAUGCAUUAUUCUGAGUAAAGCUCAGCAGGGCUGUGUUUCCCUCACAGGAAUAGUCAGGUCUUCCCAGAUUAUCAAAAGGCCCUGGGGAUACCCCUCCAGUGAAAUGAAGGAAGGAUACAGAUGACACAAACUGCUUACGUUUUUUUGGUUUAUUCCCCAGUAUUAAAAAAGCAAGCUGAAUCUGAACAAACGGAUCUUUCUGCCAU